ACCACCUCGACUCGGGGAUUCCCCAACCUUUCCCCAGGCGCACCCACAAGUUCAUGGCCCAGACGAGCUCGUGCUGCGUCGCCGAGAAAGCCAAAUUGCCAUUCAAGCACCACAGAGGCAAUCUGUGCGAGACUCUGCUGACACGCAGGAAUGGGCAAAGGUCCCAAUGCCAGGGCGCCGUGGGCGUUAGGCGGCGAUGCUGCGCGUCAACGCUCCUUUCAACACGAAGCGGACCAAAAGCCGCCCUUCCGGGCGGAGUCUGUCUUGAUUGGGCGGCUGGCUUUCAUCGCACGAGUCGAUAAGGUCGCCAAAAGAGUCGAUGCUCGCGCUUGCGUGAGUCAAAAAGACCGCCGCAUUCCUGGGGAGCUCCCCAGAAUAGGUGCGCGGCAUCCGUGCCAGACAUAGCCGACGCGCCUCCUCACCAGGACGACAGCUCCGCACUAAUGACAGCCAAUCGCGUAGCACUGGGUACCAGAAAGACUGCCCAUCGAGUCGAACGUCAAGACGUCUUCAGGACCUGGUGAAGAGGGCGAAGAAAAGAGCUGCCGACUGAACAGCAAGAACGCGAUCCUCACUCUCGAGCAGUCUGAUUUCUCGUACGAUGAGCCUAGCUGAUUCUAGACUCAGGCUUGGCUCGUAGCAUAACCCAAUUAAACCUGCCAAAAGCAACUAAGAAGCGCAAGCAGCAAUCCAGGUGCCUGUGGGGAUCGCCCCGGGUCUCGAUAUCCUUGGUAGCCGACUGGGGUCCUAGUUCUCCACGCGAGGGUCGUUAGCUCCCCUGGGGAAUUUUCUCGAGGCCAUAAAGUCUGGGGCAUGUCUCUGGGGUAGAUAUAUGAUCAGCACACCUUGGACCUCAUUCCUCCUCACAUUCCAUCUAAGGUGAUCCUCGGCCGUCUCGACGUCUUGCUGUCUUGCCCCUCACCAUGUCUUCCACAGCAAGUGAGCCAGUCAAUGAGAAGGUUGCCACCAACCAGGUGGAGGACAACCUCGCCGCACCUCCCUCAGAACACGGCAUCCACGUCGUCAAACGUGUCCAUAAGGAUGGCACUGUCGAUCUUAUCGAUGCACACGCCGUUGGUGGAGACUUUGAUGAGAUGCCUGCUGGCUACUAUUUGACUCCUAACUUUAUCUUCACGUUCAUUGCUGUAUGUCUUGCCAAUAACUGCGCGUAUCUUGGCUGGGUUGUUCCAGCAAAUACACUUGCUCUGAUCAACGAGGAUGUCGGUCCUUCAGUCAAUAUCUCAUGGGUCGCAACCGGUUGGACUCUCGGAAGCGCCGUUGGUUUUCUUCUAUUUGGUCGUCUGACCGACAUCUUCGGCCGCAAAUGGGGUGUGCAAUUCUGCCAGAUCCUCGCAUUGGUCGGUGUUAUCGUUGCUGCGACUGCGCACAACGUCGGCGCUCUCAUUGCUGCCGAAACGAUGAUCGGUAUCGCUGCUGCUGGCCAGCUCUCAUUCGGCAUCGUUGUGGGUGAACUCGUGCCCAACAGACUCAGAGGCCCAGCGGUUACCGUCAUUUUCCUCGCGGCGCUUCCCUUCGCGGUUUUUGGCCCGUCAAUCGGCCGGGCCUUUAUUGAUAAUACCGCGGCCGGCUGGCGAUGGUCUUACUACAUUGGCAUUAUCUGCAAUGCCCUGGCCCUGAUAUUUUAUCAAUUCUUCUACCAUCCACCCAAGUACGAUCAGCUACACGUCCACGGAAAGACGAUUGCCCAGCAGCUGAAGGAAUUCGACUAUGUUGGACUGGUCUUGUACCUUGCUGGCGUUGUAAUUUUGUUGAUCGGUCUGUCCUGGGGAGGUCAAGCUUAUCCAUGGAGCUCGGCUCACGUUAUUGCCACUUUGGUCGUUGGAAUCGCCACCUUGAUUCUCUUUGGCUUCUACGAAGGCUACCUCGCCCACAAAGUCUCCAAGGGUGUACCUCUUAUGCCUCCCCGCAUCUUUAAAGACAUCGGCUACACAGCAAUCGUCGUUUGUGCAACUAUUGGUGCCAUGGUCUACUAUGCACUGACUGUGCUCUGGCCGACAAUCCUUUCGCAAUACACUACUGACAGCACCAAGAUUGGUCUGCAAUCUUCUGUUGUCGGCGGUGGCAUUCUUCUCGGCCAAGCUUUCGGCGGUUUUGCCCUGUCCUACGUACCAAAGGUCAAGUGGCAGAUUGUCAUUACUUCGUUCAUUGGAGCCUCGUUUGUGGCAUCGCUUGCCUCUAUCAAUGCCGACACCCACGCGCAAUGCAUCAUUCUUGGUAUCAUGGCCACCGUCUUCAUCGGCUAUGUUGACAACAUCACCUUCCCCGCCGUCACACUCGUGUUUGAAGCUCAGGAUAUUGGUCUUGCAACUGGCGUGCUUGGCUCCAUUCGCGCUGUCGGCGGAGCUGUUGCUCAGGCUCUUUACGUCUCGAUCCUGACAACCAAGGCCGCGAAGUUCAUCCCUGAGUAUGUCACACCAGCUGUGACUGCAGCAGGCCUCCCCGAAUCGUCCCUGCCAACGUUCUUUGCUGGUCUAACAUCGGGCAACUUCUCAUCAGUGCCCGGGGCCACUCCAAACAUCAUCGCUAUCGGUGCCACCGAGACACGUCGCGCGUAUUUCGAGGCCUUCCACUACGUUUUCUACGCCACCAUCCCAUUUGGCGCGCUGCUUUUCGCAGCGGCUUUCUUCGUGCCAAACAUGGAGAAGUUCCUCACGAACAACGUCGGCAAGCGUCUCCAGCGAAUGGGUACCAAGGAUGGCGAGGCAAGAGAAGGCCAGGAUAUCUCCAUCGUCGAAAAGACUCUUUAAGUCUCGGAAUGACCGUUUCUUUAUAUUACCUCUGUGAUGAUAUCCCGCGUCCAGCACGGUCAUGGUUUUUAAAGAAUUGUACUCCAUACAAAGUGAAAAACCUGUAUUAGCGAAUUUAAUGGAUUUUGCAUACGA